GUCUAUGAACCGUAAGUUUCUCACUGUGAGUUCAAACUGUUUUUUUUGUCGUCCAUGAUUUAUUUCUUUUGCAGUUGUUUAAUAAUUGAAGCAUAUGUAUUAAAAUUGGACCAAGAAAAACUUUGCCAAGAAGCCUCUUAUUGAUUGACAUUCUAAAAUAUGUCAGAAGUUGCCCCAUCUCAUCUGCAAAAAAACACGAUAAAGUGAGAAAUGCUAUAACAGCAAAAAAUCGAGAGAAAAGAAUGAGGAAUUUAAAUAUCACAUAUGCUAAAUGCCGUAAGCGAAGGAGGACUGUCAACAACAAUUCUAGAUGCAGUUCAGGUUCAGCUGCUAAUGUGUCCCUGGAAGAGGGGCUGUCAUCCCCCAUAGUUGAAAGGACAGUGUACCACUGCCCCUACUGCUCUUUUUGGCAUCAGACACUUGAUGGCUUUCAUGGCCAUUUAACUAAGAAUCACCAACAAGGGGAUCAAACGUACCAAUGCACGUACUGCCACUUAACCGCGGAUUCUCGCCGCGAUAUUUGGAAUCAUAUACAUCGACUUUCGCAGAAAGAUAGCGUCCACAAAAGAGCUACAUGUCUCGUGCGCUCGGAAAAUCUUAUCGAACGCUACGCUGUUUAUCUGAAAACAGUGCAGGUGCCAGCAUCUGCCAAAUGUGGUCAACUGUCCCAAAAUUCCAUCAGUGUCAAUGACUCUUUCCCUCGCGAACCAAUCAAAAAUAUUGAAUUGACUCCCGAUUCUGAAAAUUCUCCAUCAUUUGAAACCGACGAAGACCUCCUCACUUUUGACGGAAGUCCAAUCUCAAUGUUCACCGACGUUACUGUACCGUUAGUUGACUGCGUUAAAAAUAAUUCGUCAUUUGGACUUCAGCUUGACAAGGUUCAACUCAUGGCAGAUGAAGAUUCUAUUGGAUCUAUUCCUAAGAAAAGGCGAAUCGACGAAAAUCUGAAGAAUGACUUACGAAUCUUGAACAAAUCUGAAAUUAAUAAUACCUCAAAUACUCUUUCAGGAAUCCGUCGUAUCUCAAAACAAGCGGAUAGCGAGUCAGAGAAAGAUACGUUACAAUCUCAUGACAAUUUAUUAAACCGUUCUAAACAACGUCACCGACAAUCAAAUGAAAAUAUGUUCCAAACCAAUGGCUCCUGUGGCAGCAGCGAAAGCGAUCUGGUCAAUGACGAUUCAGAUUUAGACACGCGUGCACCGUCAUCCUCAUCAUCUUCGGAAUAUUCAGAUUGGUCAAACGAAACAGAAGUGAACUUGGAACCACCACGAUUUACUAGAGCAAGCAUAUCUAAACCAAGACUUCGCAGGAACUCAGAUAAGAAGCCCAUUCGAGCGUGUGAUGUAUUGUUUUCUCUCACUCCACGCAGACUGCCUUUUUAUCCUCAAAUAGGCGAUGAAGUCGUGUAUUUUAGACAAGGUCAUGAACUCUAUUUGGACAUCGUCAAACAAAAGAAACUUUACAAAUUCAAUCCUCGCUCUCUUCCUUGGUACAGCGAGACCAUUGGUGAACAAGAAUUCGUUAAAAUUAUUGGUAUAAAGUAUGAGAUCAAACCUCAAAUGACGUAUUUUUUGAAGCUUGGUUGCAUGGAUCCAGCUACAAGAACGUUAACAGGGAAAUCCUUCAUCGUGAAAUAUCACGAUAUUGAAGAAGUGUUGGAUUUUUUUGUACUUCAACAGGAUUAUGAUUUGGCUAUCCAGCGUACUUGGCAACCGGGCGACUGCUUUAGAAGUGUCGUAAGGAAUGUCCGUGGUAUCCAAGUUUGGUGGGAAGGAUUAAUCGAGGAACGCGAACCUCUAAGUAACCAAUUUCCCGAUUCCCCGUUCCUUUGUUACCGCAUCAGAUGGAAAAAUAAUAAACUUGACCGCGCUAGUCCAUGGGACUUGGAAAAACCCGAUCCAAAUAGAAGACCUACUAACCAUGAGGCAGGUGUUGGAACGCUACCGCAAGAGAUAUCCAACUUAUUGUACAAACCGUUGGCGGAAGAAUGGUCCCCAAUAGGGGAUAGAGACACAGAGUGUGACCGAAUUUCUGCGGGUUUCAACAAGGUCAUGGAUAUGUACGUGGCGAAACAUUUUUUGGUGCCCGUGAAUCUCGAACUGUACCCUACCUACGCUUCCGUUGUCAAGUAUCCAAUGGAUCUGUCUACAAUCAAAGCAAGACUGGAAAGCCGUUUCUAUCGACGAGUGUCUGCGGUUCAGUAUGAUGUACGCCGUAUAUACAUCAACGCAUUUAAAUUCAAUCUACCAACGUCAGACAUUGUUCGAAAUUCAUCAGUCGUUUCGGACUUGUGUCUUGAGAUUAUCCGAAACAGGGAUUCUAAUGACGUCAAAGCCUUGUACCAACAGGUUUUGGAAAAAUACAGAAUCCGGGAUGAAAAAGAAGAAAAAGCUGCAGAGCAAAUCAGAAACGCUGAAAAGGAUAAAACGUUGGACGAUCCAAAACCAAAAAAAAAAAAACCAACUCCUUUAGCCACGACUUCUGAUCCAUGCUGGAAACAGCAGUGUAAGGGUCUAUUAGAAAUCUUAAAACAGUCCGAAGAUGCAGUUCUGUUCAGCGAGCUAGCCAAAGUUCAAGACGAACCAGAUUAUCUUCAGGUGAUGGACUACCCGAUGGAUUUGGAGACAGUGCACGAAGAACUUAGGCUUAACAGCUACGCAACGCCGAUAGAUUUCGCAAGAGAUAUCCGUGUUAUUUUUGAAAAUUCCAAAAGCUAUUUUACCAAUAAAAAAUCGCGCAACUGGUGCAUGACCGCUCGAUUGUCGGCCGUGUUUGAAGAACACAUUAGCAAAAUUCUUACUUCCUUUAAGCAGCCGGACGAGUCACCUAACCAAUCCGUGGGCUCAAACUCGAAAGACGACAACUCGAAAGAGCAUGAAUCAUUUUCACCAAUGGCUUCAACCAAUGAAACUGUUCAAGAAGUUGGAGAUACUAUAGAAAACAACAAUAUUAUAUCUCGUCACACCAAUAAAGAACAGGCUGUCGUCGAGGCGAGCUCUUCUACUCAGCUGGCAGAUGCAGAUGAACAAAUAUCCGUCUGCAAUGCGUCAGUCAUUGACGGCGCAGAUGGCGUCAACGAACGCAAUACAGACAUUCCCGACACGAGUUUUGAAAGAGAUAAGCUCGUAGACAAAAAGAAAACAUUGUUGAGUGAGAAAGAACAGUCGGAUAUCGAUAUUGAAAAUGGAUACCGUGAACUGGAGACAAUCAAAGCUGAUAUCCAAAAGGAUAUCCAACUAUUGUCGGAAGAACAGCAACAAAUCAAUGCAUACUAUUCCUUUUUGUUGGAACACGGCGAAGAUAGAGACGGGUCGGAUGCCAAAACCUCCAAAGUAUCCAAGUUGACUUCACUGUUAGCGCUCAAAAAAAAGAUCAAUGGCCAGCUGGUACAUUGUACAAAGCAAAAGUUAACUCAAGAACUUUCAUGGAGAGAACACCAAGCAACUGCGUUGAAACUCGAACUUAGAUUGAAUUUGCUGGAUCCAUGUGAAAAUGCGCUAGAAUUCAGAACAGUUGAAAAAAUGCUAGCCGAGAAAAGAAAUCACGAAAUCCAAUCAGAAGGCGAAUUAAAUUUGACCAAAGGCGAGAUCGUGGCGUUAGAAAAGGAGCAAAAAGAUAUGGAUCGCCAAAUAUCGGAUUUGAAAGCCAUGCACGACAAAAUGACUGAAAUGGAAACUAGGAAGACGGCGAUACAACUUCAAAUACUAAACAAAAAAUCAAAGGAAAAUGAUCUGAUAGAAGACCUUACUAAACGCAUAACCGCAUGGAAGACGCUUGAAAUGAAGUUGAUUCAGAUCCUUUAUGAAGAAGCCAUUGGCGACAUAGAGAAGAUUGCGAAAGAAAAAUUCAAUAAAUUGAAUCAGCUUGUAGAGGGUUCCCUCAAACGAUAGACCAUAGACGAAUUGCUUCGUCAUAAGUGUUUUACUAAUCCUACGUCAGUCAGUCGGUCUUCUAAUUUCAAUCGAUGACAGUUUUGCUCUCUUCUACUUAAAAAAUAUCAAUUUAAUGUUCACUUUCCGAAGAAGUUUUCAUUUUUCUGCUACUUGAAGUAUUUGAUUAACGGAACUAACAUGCAUGUUUCUCUUCUGUUUGAUAAGUUGUGUAACCAAACUGAUUCCAAAACAUGAAAUCCAUGUAUUGAUACGCAACUAAUAUGCAUGAAAUUAUUUUAAAAAUGUAGAAAAUUUUGCGUAUUUCUUGCACUACUAACAGAUACAGAAUAUAAACAGGAAGAAAACAUA